AGCGCUAGGAGUCCCACUCCGGCUCCGCGGUUCGUCUUUCAGUACCACAGACAGCACCCCAAACAAGCGCAGGCUCUUCUCGCACCAUGGCUAACGCUCACUUGAAGAAUAUCGAACUUUCCGCAACACAAAUCCUCGACAUCUGGCGGCAUUACGAUAGUGAUGGUAACGGAUUUAUUGAAGGAAAAGAACUACAAGACUUCAUUGAAGAACUUCAACAAGCUCGAAAGAAUGCUGGACUGGAGUUAUCUGGGGAAAUGAAAGCCUUUGUUGAGAAGUACAAGCAAAAUGCUGAGGGAAAAAUAGGAAUAAUAGAGCUUGCCCAGAUACUACCAACAGAAGAGAAUUUCCUCCUGUUCUUUCGGCAGCAGUUAAAGUCAAGUGCAGAGUUUAUGCAGACAUGGCGAAGAUAUGAUGCUGACCACAGUGGGUAUAUUGAGACAGAAGAACUAAAGAGUUUCCUGAAAGAUUUACUGCAGAAGGCAAACAGAACGUAUGAUGAUGCCAAGCUAGAAGAAUACACACAAACAAUGCUCAGGAUAUUUGAUACAAACAAUGAUGGGAAGCUUGGACUGACAGAAAUGGCAAGAUUACUUCCAGUGCAGGAGAAUUUUCUUCUCAAGUUUCAGGGAGUUAAAAUGGCUGGGAAAGAAUUUAAUAAAGUAUUUGAGAUGUAUGAUCAGGAUGGCAGUGGAUAUAUAGAUGAAAAUGAACUGGAUGCCUUACUUAAAGAUCUGUGUGAAAAGAACAAAAAGGAAUUAGAUAUCAACAGCCUUCCAGCUUACAAGAAGAGUAUUAUGGCCCUAUCAGAUGGUGGCAAACUUUACCGAACAGAACUGGCAUUAGUGCUUUGUGCUGACGACAGUUAAACAUUUUACAAGUCUGGCAUUUGUCAGCACUUCAUCUACACAAUACUGUGCACUCAAACGGGUUAGGUUGUACUUUUAUCUGUAAAUUAAACUGAUUGCAUAUAGGCAAACUGCCAAGUUCUGUGGCACAUUCAGUUUGUUGUUUCUACACUGUUUGUAAUGUACAGCUUUUGUAACUACUGUAUAAGAUUAAUUGUACUGUCUGGUUAGAUGAGACUGUAUAUUCUAAAAUGCAAAACGGAUAUAUUCUCAACUCUGUAAUCAUGGCUGGGAAUGAUCUCUAAACAGGUCUAAUGCUUUUAUUUUUGCUUAGUUAUAUUAUGUGACUUUCAGUAAUAUUUUUUUGCAAAAAUACUGAUGUGUGUGUGUGUGUGUGUGUGUGUGUGUGUGUGUGUGUGUGUGUGUGUGUGUGUGUGUGUGUGUGUGAGAGAGAGAGAGAGAGAGAGAGAAAGAGAAGGAGAGAUACUGAAUACAUUUUAUAAAAAGAGUCAAGCUAUCUUCAACUCUAAAAUAACUUGACAAAGCAAGUUGUAGCUUCCUUCCUUUAGAACAGAAAUAGCAAAGAUUAGCAGAUUUGAAAAGCUAGUGUCACUGUUUAAAUUAGCUUAACUUCUUCCAAGUGGUUUGGGUUACGUACUGGCAUUAAAGAAGGUUGUGCGAGGGCGCAUUAAUCAUGGAUUUUAUAACUUGUAUAUCCUGAGAGACAUAUGGCUUUAAGCUUUUUUGAAGUAUUUACAAUCUUAGAGGCUAUAAUAAUUAAUAAAUGCACUGUUUCUAUACCAAAAUAAACUAUGUAUUCUGUAAUUAAAUUUCAUAUAACUGAA